AUGGCCUACGACCGCUACAUUGCCAUCUGCAAGCCCUUGCACUACGGGACCCUCCUGGGCAGCAGAGCUUGUGCCCAGAUGGCAGCAGCUGCCUGGGGCAGUGGCUUUCUCAAUGCUGUCCUGCACACGGCCAGCACAUUUUCCCUGCCCCUCUGCCAAGGCAAUGCUGUGGACCAGUUCUUCUGUGAAAUCCCCCACAUCCUCAAGCUCUCCUGCUCAGAUGCCUACCUCAGGGAAGUUGGGGUGCUUGUGUUUAGUGCCUGUUUAACCGUUGCAUGUUUUGUUUUCAUUGUGCUCUCCUACGUGCAGAUCUUCAGGACAGUGCUAAGGAUGCCCUCUUCUCAGGGCCGGCACAAAGCCUUUUCUACGUGCCUCCCUCACCUGGCUGUGGUCUCCCUCUUUGUCAUUACUGCCAUGUUUGCCUACCUGAAGCCCCCCUUAGUCUCUGCCCCACCUCUGUCCCUUGUGGUGGCAUUUCUGUACUUGGUUGUGCCUCCAGCAGUGAACCCCCUCAUCUACAGCAUGAGGAAACAAGGAGCUCAAGCAUGCCUUGAGGAAGUUGAUGUCUUGAUGUUUUUUCAAAAUCAAGAAAUUACACUUCAUCUUCUGUAUAUGACUGUGACAAUGUAA